AAUCAUGACCAAAGUUGCAGAGAACCCACUCAGUGCCAGAGCAUCUGUGAUCCGAUACUGGAAGGCCCACGUCUCCGGGAACCUUCCCCCGCCACUGUUUCUUCUCUCCAAGGCUUCCCCUCUAAAUGCCAUGGAAUUGGCCAAGUUCACCAGAAUUGCCGCUCAGAACAAUCUCUCUUCAAACUUGGGCUCCUUUUGCUCCUCAGCCAACCUCCUAUGUUCUUUGGACAACUCCAAACCCGGCCAAGAUCCAAACUUUGCACUACAUUCCGGUAAAAGCUUUUCUGGGUACAGUUCGUCUAGAAUCGGAGGAGUUGGGUUGUUCAAGAACUACUCCAAUGGGUUAAACACGGCUGCUAAUUCCUUCAAUGAAUACAGUGGAGACUCAGUCGCACACACAGAAGAGUUCAAAGGUUACGCCAAAGAUGUCAAUGUUGCUACUGAUAACUUCACCAAUUACGGCUCCGGCGCCACAGGUGGCUUCGGGGAUUUCACAUCCUACGACGGACGAGUUAACGUGCCGAAUCUUGGAUUUAUCUUGUAUGAUUCCGACGCUAAUUCUCAUAAGCUUUCAUUUUCAAGCUAUACCGAGGAGGCAAAUGCAAGCGCUGAAGCGUUCACAAGCUACGGAAAGAACGGCAAUGCAGUUCCGUCCCAGUUCAACAGCUACAGCAACGACGCCAACAAUAUCAGGUCGGAUUUUAUGAGUUACGGCGUGUUGGGGAAUGCGGCGAAUGACUCGUUUAAAGGAUAUGGUGAUUCAGGGAACACUCCGCACAACAAUUUCAAAACCUAUGGCGUCGGUGCCAAUUCUGGAAUCGAUAAAUUCACUAGCUACCUAGACGGUGCUAGUUUCAGAGAUGAUACUUUCCAAUCUUACACAAGCCAUGCCCAUUCCGACGAAGUGAAUUUUGCCAACUAUGGGAAAACAUUUAACCCAGUGAACGAUACAUUCAAAGAAUACGACAGAGGUUCCUUCGGUGAUCCGACGAUUGGAUUCAAAACCUAUGGAUCGAAUCCUAAUUUUAUAGAUUACCACAAAAAAGGUGUCACUUUCAGCGAAUACAUCAUCGGCGGAAUUUCUCCGGCGAGUUCUCCGGUGAGCAGUCCCACACUUUUUGUGGAAUUGGGGGUAAAGGAAAAGAGAAAUAGGAACAAAGGAACUUGAACAUGAUGGUGUGUGAAAAACUUACAUACUAACCACACGAGACAUACACCAAUGUUAGGGUCUUUAUUUAACUACUUAAUUAACAUUGAAAACCACUCAACUAAUUCCAUGUUAAGGCUCAACUUAUAAAAGGAAUUUCUCUGCUGUUGUAAUGUCUUGAAUCUCUCUACAAUGGUACUACCCUUAACAACUUAGCACCAGCUGAAAAUAACAUUGUUUUUUUUUUUAAUAUAUAUAUAUGGACAAAAACAUUGUUAAUUGUUUAAUAAAUAAUAAUUUUUUAAUGAACAAUUAUAAUUAUUUUUUAAUUAUUUAAAAGAGUCUUUUAUUUUAUAAUUCAAAAUGUACUAUAAUAUAAAAUAAAAAUUUUUAAAUAAGAAAAGAUCUCAAUGUUAGAAACUCAUCUUUUAUCUUAAAAUUUUUUAUUUUACUAUUUAAAUUGUUUCAAACCAUUUUAAACUGUAAAAUAAUUUUUUCAUUUUAAAAUGACUUCAUAACUUAGAGUUACAAAAAACAGAGUCUGGCCACUGAUAACCCAACGUCCCACUGCAUCUGAGAGAUAAAGUUAUUAAUGUAUACAUGGGCGGCGGGACAAAAUCAAAAGGCUAAAUGUCAAAUUUAGCCCCUAAACUUUCAGAUUUAAACAAAUUUUGUUCCUUAACUUUUUUUUAUACUUUUUCAUACCUCAACUUUGAAAAAUACAUUUUUAUGUUAUUU